GUCACAUUUGGGUGAAGUUCUUGUAUUCACUUGAUUUGUGGUUUUAGUUGCCAUUGAAUGACAGACAAUGAGUGAGAAUUGGGAACAAAUGUAUGGAAAAGACAUUUCCAGAGAAGUAUUUGUUUGUAAACACAAUGAAUGCAAAUACGAGUCCAUCGAUGAAAAUGAGGUUCAGAUUCACUGCAGACAUCACUCACAUCCAGACACUCCUCAAGACAUCAAAACCGAAUCGGGAAGCACUGGAAGUGAGGAUCAAAUGGUUGACAACUCGUCGGUGGUGGUGAAGAAGACCGGCAAAUAUGUCUGUGAAGUGAUUGGAUGUCACAAACAGUUCUCUUAUCUGAAAUGCUUUGAAAGCCAUAAACGUAACGAACACUCGACUCAAGGCACGAAGAAUAUGACACCAAAUAAAGACCAGAAUCUGAAGAAUAACGAUAAUAUGUGGGAACUGUAUGUCGAGUGCCGGCCAAUCGAUGGCACCGACAGACUGUUCUGCAAAUGGCCGGACUGUCACUUCGGGUCCAAUCUUCGCGUUGUCCUCAAACAACACGUUAUUAACAGUCAUUUGACACAAAAGCGGAUCAGAAGUCGACCCAAAAUUCACAACGAAUAUGAAUAUUGGGAUAAAAUUCUGUUCGACCGGAAAGGCGUCAGAUUCUCGGAUGAACCUAAAGCUCCAGUUCCCACAAAAGUGGUCAACACUUCUCUAUCCUCGAAAACUGUGGCUAAACCUGCGGUCCUCACAAAGUCUUCGUCUGUCACUUGUGUUCCCAAACUUCCAAAACUGAAAGCCGUGUCACCACUUAAGUCACCACUUAAGCCACUGUUCACUAUUAAACCCCUUCCCAACUCCAAGAGUGUGUCUAUUGUUAAACCCAUUUCCCCUCCAAAACCACUUACUAUUCCUAAACUGAAACUACAAAUCAAACCGAAACCGAAGAUUGAAAGCAAGGUUUUGGAGACAAAUCACAUAAAUAUUGACAAAAACAAAAGGGAUGUACUGUUGAGCUGUAAAGGACUGGCGAGUAUGACACGAGUGGCUCAGUAUUUCCAUAAGAGGAUCAUCAAUGGAGAGAAGAUCUAUUGGUGUCAAUGGAAUGGAUGUUCAUUUAAGACCAAAAAGAGUCAGAAGAUUGCGGAACACAUAAACCUAUCGCACAUUGGAGUGGACUUCAAGUGCAAUAAACCGAACUGUAAUAAAGUGUUCAAAAAUCCCCACUCAUAUCGCGAGCACCAGAAGAACCACAUCUGCGGCUUCGGCAGCUUUGGCUACGGGUCUAAAGGCGUGAUCGGCGUCUGUCGUAAUGAAAACCUCUUCAAAUACAGGGAAAGGGUUAUCAUUAAAGGCAAAAAGUACUACAGAUGUAAGUGCUGUUACGCUAUCACUAAAUAUUUCACGGGAAUGAAAAGGCAUAUUCAUUCUCAGCACAUCUGUCCGUUUCGUAUGAAUCUUCAUCUGACACGACAUCAGACACCGAUGGCUAUCAAACAGGAAAUCAUGGAAUUGGACAUUCACAUCUGUCCGUUUCGUAUGAAUCUUCAUCUGACACGACAUCAGACACCGAUGGCUAUCAAACAGGAAAUCAUGGAAUUGGACAUUGAUUUCGAUUUAUUCAAUAAUCAGAGGUUUAUCUGUUGUCUUAAAUGUAACGAAUUCUUUGAAUCAAAGGAAGAGUUGAGAAAACAUGAGAUAAUGUUGUGUCGGUUCAGGAAUGAAGUGAUUAAUGAGAAUCUGACGAAUGAAAUGCCAAAUGAAUUAAGUUUUGCAAAUGUUUGCCAAACUAACGAAGAUUUCAAACCUAUGCCUCAAAAGAAUAGACUCAAACUAAGUGAACAAAUCAGACAAAACGUGAACGCAAUCAACGAAAGUAUUGCUAAAAAUCUGUCACUUAAUAACCAAAUGGUUCGAUACAACGAUCAGAAUCAGGAAUCACUCGAAGACUAUAUUUAUCUCAAAGAAUUUGAAAACACUGUUUACUAUAAGUGUAAAUAUGACGAGGACUGCAGAUUCUCCACUAAACUUAAGGACAAAAUAAAUGAACACAUUUUGGACAAACAUUUGCAAAAUGGGUUCUCCAAUGGGGGUCAGUAUCCCAACGAUUGUUUCGAUAAUUCGGAACAAAGCUCUAUAUUUGAGCCCAAGAUUAAAGUCGAACCAAUCGAUUACGACGACAACGAAGGCAUGCUUUCAAUGGAUAUAAAGCCUUCGACUUCUGGCCUACAAAGUGGUCAAAACAACUCUAGUAUUGAGAAAUAUAUUGAGAUUAAGUGCAUAGACGGCGAUCCAAACUAUUUCUGUGUUUAUAAUACACUUAAAUGCAAGUAUUAUACGAAAGAGUACAGUGAUAUUAAGUCUCAUAUUAAAGAAUCGCAUGUUUUAUAUGAAUGCGAUGUCGAGAACUGUGGCAAAGAGUUCAAGAAUCCGAUGGCUUUAACCGCUCACAAAGCUAACCAUAUCUGCGGUUUCGGUAUUAAAGGCCGCAAAUCAAGUGGUGUCUGUAGUUUAGAUAACAUUAAGAAGUAUUGCGACGAAAAGGUGAUAAACAAUCGAUUAGUAUUUGCCUGCAAAUGGUUGAACUGUCGGUUUGUGUCGAAAACCCGUAACAAUGUUCUCAGUCAUAGCCACCACAAACACAUUUGUCCCAAUCGUAUGCUGGCUAAUGGCAAUCAAAAUAAGCCAACACCGGUAGUUAAUAACAGUAAACCCAAAACAUUGAUUAUUAGAACCGCUUCUCCAUCUGUGCGCCUGUCGAUCGAUGACUCUGUAUAUGACAGCAGUUCAUCGCAGGGCUCUGGGAGACAGGAAGGGUUGGAAGUGUUGGGAACAUUCGGAACUCAAGAAAGUUUAGACAAUUUUGUCAAAUAUAGCGAAGAAGUGAUGAUUGAAAACAAGACUGUUUUUGUCUGUCUGUAUCCCAAAUGUUCGGUCACUCCGAGGAAUCGCUCGUAUUCUCCACUAAUUACUGAUAAAUACAACUCUUAUGUCACAGACUUUAAACAUAACAUGAUUCGACACAUUCGACGGCAUUGUAAUGAUAAGCCGUUUGUUUGCGGAGUAAAUGGAUGUGAAAAGAGGUUUAGCUGUUCGUCUCAAUACAAGAACCAUCAGUCGAGUCACUCGAAUGUGUUUAGAGGACAGUAAUUACCAAUCGAUUGCUUUUUCUUUGAAAUUAUUUAUUUCCUGUCAACCAAUCAUUCAU